AUGGCCAAAGGGACGACAAUCACAGCUCUUGUUCAAUCACCAAAUGGUGGGGGGCCACCGGUAGUCUCGCGAGACCAGCCUAUGCCGCAAAUCAGAGAGCCACACGAAGUCCUGAUCCGUGUAUCGGCCGUCGCGCUCAACCCAACCGACUACAAGAUGCCGGACUACCACCCAGUGCCUAACGCUGUCAUGGGUUGUGAUUUCAUGGGCACUAUUGUCGCUGCUGGCCCUGAGGUCGACAGCACGUGUCUCGGGAUGCGUGUGUGCGGUCCUAUGCAUGGCUCGAACCCCGGGAACCCGGACUCGGGAGCGUUUGCCGAAUAUCUCAUCCAAGACAGGCGUCUUCUUGUGCAAGUUCCGGAUUCAUGGAGUGAUCUCGAGGGGGCAGCGCUUGGAGGGGUGGGAUGGGCGACCGUGGCACUGGCCAUGGAGGACUCGCUCCUUCUGACGGGCACUCCCUCGAAACCUGCCCCCCUGCGGUCCGACGGAACUCGAGUGCCAGUCCUCGUGUAUGGCGGUGCUACGGCCACCGGCACCAUGGCUUGCCAGUUGCUAUCGAGUGCCGGCUACGAUCCCAUCGCUACAUGCUCUCCGGCUUCCGCGGCUCUUGUGAAGAAGUACGGUGCUGCUUCUACGACUCCAUACUCCUUCCCAACCUGCGGGGAGACAAUCCGCGACGCGACAAAAGGCGCUAUUCGAGCGGCAAUUGACUGCAUCACAACACCUGAGUCGGUAAAAUGCUGCUUCACAGCUCUUGGCCGUGCGGGUGCGCGAUAUGCUUCCCUCGAACACGCCCCCGAUGAGUGGAGGACGAGAAAAGCAGUCAGGAUGGACAUGCCUAUGACAUAUGUAGUCAUGGGCCGAGAAGUGAAGCUCGAUGGCGUAUACCACCGCGACGCGGACCAGUCCAAGUUUGACCUGGGAGCACGGUGGGCGCUCGAGGUUCAGGCCUUGGUGGACGAGGGACGUCUGAGAUGCCAUCCGGCCCGUGAAGUGCCGGGCGGAUGGCAAGGCGUUAUCCAAGGCCUCGAAAUGUUGAAAGCAGGCCAAGUCCGAGGGCAAAAGCUUGUAGUAAGAGUAGGGGGUGCUUGA